AUGUGGUCUACCUGUCCUUGCUGGUCCUUGUCUACUGGUCCAUGUGGUCUACUCGUCCGUGUGGUCUACUGGUCCGUGGUCUACUGGUCAUGUGGUCUACUGGUCCAUGGUCUACUGGUCCAUGUGGUCUACUGGUCCAUGUGGUCUACUGGUCCUGUGGUCUACUCAUCGUGUGGUCUACUCGUCCGUAUGGUCUACUGGUCCAUGAUCUACUGGUCCAUGUGGUCUACUAGUCCCGUGGUCUACUGUCCAUGGGUCUCUGGUCCAUGUAAGGGAGAAGUUCAUCCUACCAUUCAGAACCCCAGUACCAUAUCUUACGACCACCUCAAACCCAGUACCAUAUAUUACGACCACCUCAGAACCCCAGUACCAUAUCUUACGACCACCUCAGAACCCCAGUACCAUAUCUUACGACCCUCAGAACCCAGUACCAUAUACGACCACCUCAGAACCCCAGUACAUAUAUUACGACCACCUCAGAACCCCAGUACCAUAUCUUACGACCACCUCAGAACCCCAGUACCAUAUCUUACGACCACCUCAGAACCCCAGUACCAUAUCUUACGACCACCUCAGACAGUACCAUAUUACGACCACCUCAGAACCCCAGUACCAUAUCUUACGACCACCUCAGAACCCCAGUACCAUAUCUACGACACCAGACCCAGUACCAUAUCUUACGACCACCUCAGAACCCCAGUACCAUAUAUUACGACCACCUCAGAACCCCAAUACCAUAUCUUACGACCACCUCAGAACCCCAGUACCAUAUCUUACGACCACCUCAGAACCCCAGUACCAUAUAUUACGACCACCUCAGAACCCCAGUACCAUAUCUUUACGACCACCUCAGAACCCCAGUACCAUAUAUUACGACCACCUCAGAACCCCAGUACCAUAGAUUCGACCCCCAGAACCCCAGUACCAUAUCUUCGACCACCUCAGAACCCCAGUACCAUAUCUUACGACCACCUCAGAACCCAGUACCAUAUCUUACGACCACCUCAGAACCCCAGUUCCAUAUUACGACCACCUCAGAACCCAGUACCAUAUCUUACGACCACCUCAGAACCCAGUACCAUAUAUUACGACCACCUCAGAACCCCAGUACCAUAUCUUACGACCACCUCAGAACCCAGUACCAUAUCUUACGACCACCUCAGAACCCCAGUACCAUAUCUUACGACCACCUCAGAACCCCAGUACCAUAUCUUACGACCACCUCAGAACCCCAGUACCAUAUCUUACGACCACCUCAGAACCCCAGUACCAUAUCUUACGACCACCUCAGAACCCCAGUACCAUAUCUUACGACCACCUCAGAACCCCAGUACCAUAUAUUACGACCACCUCAGAACCCCAGUACCAUAUCUUACGACCACCUCAGAACCCCAGUACCAUAUCUUACGACCACCUCAGAACCCCAGUACCAUAUCUUACGACCACCUCAGAACCCCAGUACCAUAUCUUACGACCACCUCAGAACCCCAGUACCAUAUCUUACGACCACCUCAGAACCCCAGUACCAUAUCUUACGACCACCUCAGAACAGCACCAUAUCUUGACCACCUCAACAGCACCAAUCUGACCACCUCAGAACCCCAGUACCAUAUCUUACGACCACCUCAGAACCCCAGCACCAGAUCUUACGACCACCUCAGAACCCCAGUACCAUAUCUUACGACCACCUCAGAACCCCAGCACCAUAUCUUACGACCACCUCCAGAACCCCAGUACCAUAUCUUACGACCACCUCAGAACCCCAGUACCAAUCGACCCAAACCAUAUCGACACCCAAACCCCAACCAAUUACGACUAGAACCCCAGACCAUCUUACGACCACCUCAGAACCCCAGUACCAUAUCUUACGACACCUCAGAACCCCAGCACCAGAUCUUACGACCACCUCAGAACCCCAGUACCAUAUCUUACGACCACCUCAGAACCCCAGUACCAUAUCUACGACCACCUCAGAACCCCAGUACCAUAUCUUACGACCACCUCAGAACCCCAGCACCAUAUCUUACGACCACCUCAGAACCCCAGCACCAUAUCUACGACCACCUCAGAACCCCAGCACCAGAUCUUACGACCACCUCAGAACCCCAGCACCAUAUCUACGACCACCUCAGAACCCCAGUACCAUAUCUUACGACCACCUCAGAACCCCAGUACCAUAUCUUACGACCACCUCAGAACCCCAGUACUGCGUACCAUCUUACGACCACCUCAGAAACCCAGCACCAUAUCUUACGACCACCUCAGAACCCCAGUACCAUAUCUUACGACCACCUCAGAACCCCAGUACCAUAUCUUACGACCACCUCAGAACCCCAGUACCAAUAA